UGUUGGGAGUUGUUUUUCCUACCUUUCCAGCACCGUGUUGUGGUGGUGCAACGUGUACAAGUGUGGCAGAGCUGCGGUUUAGAUUCCCUCCACCACCAUGGCUAGUCCACGUACACGUCGUGUUCUGAGUGAGUUGAAACCAUCGGACGGAAACAAUAAAUGCUUCGAAUGUGGCACCCAUAACCCGCAAUGGGUGUCCGUAACGUACGGCAUUUGGAUCUGUCUCGAGUGUUCCGGCAAGCACCGUGGCCUUGGCGUGCAUCUGUCCUUCGUGCGCUCCGUUUCGAUGGACAAGUGGAAAGACGUCGAGCUGGAAAAGAUGAAGGUCGGUGGCAAUCGUAAGGCACGCGAAUUUCUCGAAGCGCAGGACGAUUGGGACGAAACGAUGCCCAUCCAGCGGAAGUACAACACACGUGCGGCUGCCCUGUACCGCGAUCGUAUCAGUACCCUUGCCCAGGGACAACCGUGGGACGAGUCGGGUGCGCUGGCACGCGUGAAAGGCUCGGGGUAUGCUGGCGGAGGUACGGGCAGUAGUGGUGGAGGUGGCAGCAGUGGUCAAGGUUCGAUGACACAUUCCAGAAGCAGUGGAUCGAUGGGCGGCGGGGGAUAUCAGAAUGGGGGCGACACGUACUAUCAGGAUGGAGGAAGCUAUCAGCAGUACCAGACGCCCGAAUUUAAGGCUCAAAAGGAAGAUUUCUUUAGCCGCAAGCAGGAGGAAAAUGCUGCCCGACCUGAAAACUUGCCACCGAACCAGGGUGGAAAGUAUGCCGGUUUCGGUUACACGAUGGACCCACCACCAAGAAGUCAAUCUCACGAGCUUUUCGAUACGGUUCAAUCGUCGCUUGCUACGGGCUGGAAUGUGUUCUCCAAGGUGGCUAAUGUGGCGAAGGAGAAUGCACUUAAGUACGGGAGUAUGGCAUCACAAAAGGUAGUUGAAGUUUCUAGCACCGUUUCAGAGAAGGUUAAGGAAGGUUCGCUGUUGGAAGGAGUCGGCUCGCAAGUGUCAAACCUGGCGACGAAGGUUACCGAGGUUGGACGUAAAGGAUGGGGAGGCUUCGGUGCUCCGGGCGGUAGUUACAGCACCCCAUCCGGCAGCAACGAUCAGUACAGCAACAUUUCCUCGGACAGUGGCGUCAGCAGUCCAAUAAAUGGGCGACAGGGUGGUGGCUACCAGCAGCGUGGCUCUACCGGAUCUGGACGACGGGACGAAUCCUGGUCCAACAACGGUUGGUCGAACGAUAGCAACUCGAACAGCAUGCCUCAAUCGUAUCAGAACGGCGACAACGAUGAUGACGGUUGGACCGGGUUUGAAUCGUACUCGGGUCCAACGUCCGGCAAGACUAGUGCAACGUCCGAGCUGAUGAACAGCGUCGACAUGCGGAACGACAAUUUAGACCGCCAAACAAAGUCCGGUGGAUCGCGGCGUACAAGCAAUGGGGCGAGCAAGCAGUCGACCAAAUCGCCACCUUCCAGCAUCGAUCAGGACUUUGCUGCCCUUGAUAUUAAAAGCAACCGGGCACCGAAAAGUUCCGGCGCCAGCAGCAACACCACUUCCAAGAAAGCAAACAACAACCCAGAGGACGAUCUGUGGAACAUGCUAAACAAUUAG